GCAGAUGUCAGUGCUGCACACACACGUUCACUCACACACACUGAUGGAGACUUCAGCUCUGGCCGCGCGUGAAGCGCCGCAGUGUGUCGUCAGAAUUACUAAAACAUGGUCCUGGAAAAGUUGUUACCUGAAAGGAAGUUGUCUAUGAUCACUUGAUAUAAACCAACACCAACUGCAUAGGAGGUGGAACAAUGCCAGACUCCGCCCUCUCUCCACCAGUUCCACCAAUCACUGCUCUGAACUGCUCCUUGGAUGCAUCGAAUUGCUCCUUUGCUAACCUCUCCACAAUCGCGUAUGGCGACGAGUGCUAUGGCAGCCACUCUUUGUUUGUUGUGAUGGCCAUUGCUUACAGUGCUGUGGUACUUUUGGGUGUCAUCGGCAACCUGGCUCUCAUCCUUGUCAUCGCACGGCAGCGGGAACUUCACAACGUCACAAAUGUCCUAAUCGCAAACCUCUCUGUUUCAGACCUGCUGAUGUCCCUAGUCUGCCUGCCGUUCACCUUCAUCUACACCUUCAUGGACCACUGGGUGUUCGGCGCGGUCAUGUGUAAACUCAACAGCCUGAUCCAGUGCUGCUCCGUCUCGGUGUCCAUCUUUUCCUUGGUUUUGAUCGCCAUUGAGAGACACCAGCUCAUCCUACACCCUCGCGGAUGGAGGCCAAGCCUGAACCACGCCUGUCUGGGCAUCAGCCUCACUUGGGCCCUGGCCACCCUCACUGCAACACCCUUUCUGUUGUUCUCCAGGGUGACAGACGCCCCGCUGAAGCAGCUGCCCUCAGUGUUUCAGGAGCAGUACAGGGGAAAGGUGGUGUGUGUGGAGGAGUGGCCCUCCAGAGAAAUCAAGCUCACCUACACCACUGGCAUGCUGGUGCUGCAGUACAUCACUCCUCUCACCUUCAUCUUCAUCUGUUACUUGAAGAUCUACACACGUCUGCAGCGGCGUAAUAACAUGAGGGACAGAUUACGUGAAAACAAAUACCGUAGCAGUGAGACUAAACGGAUUAACAUCAUGCUCUUUUCCAUUGUCGUGGCAUUUGCGGUUUGCUGGCUCCCGUUGAACGUCUUUAACGCUGUCAUCGACUGGAACCAUGAAGUGGCUAUGAACUGUACUCACAAUCUCCUGUUCUCGCUGUGUCACUUGACUGCCAUGUGCUCGGUCUGCAUUAACCCAGUGUUCUACGGGUUCCUAAACCGCAACUUCCAGCGUGACCUCCGGUCCUUCCGACUCUGCAAGAUUGUGUCAGCACGGGAGAAUGAAUAUGACAUGGUUGCAAUGUCUACUAUUCAUACAGAUGUGUCCAAGAUGUCACUGAAAAUUAGUAGCUUAGAUCUCUAGUAUAGUUUCUUAUUCAUUAUACAUGUCUGUGUUCUGAAAAAUGCAUCUCUUUAGAUUUAGCUCAAAAGUGUGCAUUUACAAUAAGAGUGAUUGCUAGUAAACGUAACAAUUGAUGUCAGGACGAUUGCUGCAACUAUUUUCCAAGCUUUGUAUUAUAGUAUGUUGGUAAAAUUGUAAAUACAAAAUCAAGCAAGGAUGCUCAAUACAUUUCUUGCGAACAUCCUGUGUCCCGCAUCAGUGAGGCCUCAUGGGGACCGAGUCAAUGUCUGAAGACAUAACAGAAAUUGUAUGAGGCUCAGACGAGUGGACUGCGCUUUGAUCACUAGGAUGAAAUCUUCUGGCUGCGUGAAAAUUAAUGCAAAGCCCAAGAGGUCCCAAAUUCAAAGAUGGAUUUAAAUGUAUAAUGAAUGUCAGAUGUGACUUUUAAGAGAAACUCCGAAGUGUUGAAACCCAAACUAAAUUGAUUUUCUUCUUAGUUAUUCCUUUGACAAACCAAGCCUGCAGGAAGUAAAAAGCCUGUUUUUAAGAGGCAUUCACAUGAGCAGCAAUUUGCAGGAACAAAGUGACCUGACAUUGUUCAUUUUCAGAGACUUUGCGAUUUCUGAUGUCACGAGUGACAGCGACUGUUGGCGAUGUGACAAAGCUGUGCAGAGCGGCUUGGCAACCUCCAGCCAUUGAAAUGCUGUCAGUGUGAACAAGGCUGUUGUGCAAUUGCUCACAGUGGUUUAUUUUAAACCAGGGUGUCCAGUUCUGCUCCUUGAAGGCCAAUGUCCUGCAGAGUUUAGAUCCAUACCAUAAUUAAACCAGAAUUAAAACACACCAGAAUCAAGGUCUUUGGAAAGGAUUGGGUAGACCUUCUUUAAUCAGUUUUGUGUUUGUUCUGUUUUGUUACUUUCAAUCCAUAUUACACACAAACAAACUAAUAAGAAUGUGUUAGUAUAGUUUAAUAAAUGUACAUCUUCAGUGAUGCAUAAUGAUUGUAAUUGCUUUGCUAUUUCUAAUUUGUUACGUUAUAUGUGAUAUACUAUUGCUUAUUGACAGAUUUUCAGUAUACUUUUUUGAUUUAUUCCUUCAUAAUAAGAAUAUUUUUUUUUUUAUCCAAAACAGCUGAUGAUUUAAUGCCUCCACCACUUGUUUUAUGGCCACUGUGGUCAUUGAAGUUUAAGUUUUCAGACAUUAAAAGUGUAGUAGCAAAAAUAUUUUUUGAUUAUUACCCUCUGAAAUUGCUAAAUGAUAAAUAAAGACCACACUCUAAAAAACACUGGGUUAAAAACAACCCAAAUUGGGUUGUUUUUAACACAACUGCUGGGUAAAUAUAGGACAGAACCCAUAUGGGGUUAAACUAACCCAAGAAGUUGGGUUAUUAAUUUUAACCCAGCAAAUGGGUUGUUUUUUCUACCCAAAAAUUGGUUAUUUUUACAAAAAUAAUGGGUUAAUUUGAUUUCAUAAAUGGGUUAUAUUUUCAAAGGAAUUUUUAUUCCUUUUAACAUUAAAUAUACCACAUAAUAAACAAACAGAACAACA